CUAGGAGACCCGAGUCCCGAGUCCACGGUCCGCUGCCCACCAUGAAGGGCCCCUGCGUCAUUGUGUGGCUAUUCUCGAGCCUGGGCUGCUGGAGACUCGUCCAGACGGAGACAGACGCAGAGGGCUGCCAGCGCACCGAGCACCCCAUCAUUUCCUACAAAGAAAUUGGCCCCUGGUUGCGGGAGUUCAGAGCGAAGAAUGCAGUGGAUUUCUCGCAGUUAACAUUUGACCCAGGACAGAAAGAACUUGUGGUUGGAGCAAGAAACUACCUCUUCAGACUCCAGCUUGAGGACUUGUCUCUGAUUCAGGCUGUCCAGUGGGAGUGUGAUGAAGCCACCAAGAAGGCCUGCUACAGCAAGGGCAAGUCCCAGGAAGAAUGUCAGAACUACAUCCGGGUGCUGUUGGUGGGCGGUGACCGACUAUUCACCUGUGGGACCAAUGCCUUCACGCCUGUCUGCACCAACCGAACGCUGAGCAACCUGACGGAGAUCCACGAUCAGAUCAGCGGCACGGCACGCUGCCCCUACAGCCCGCAGCACAACUCCACGGCCCUGCUCACGGCCGGCGGUGAGCUCUAUGCAGCCACAGUCAUGGACUUCCCGGGCCGGGAUCCUGCCAUCUACCGGAGCCUGGGCGUCCUGCCCCCACUCCGCACCGCCCAGUACAACUCCAAGUGGCUCAACGAGCCAAACUUCGUGUCGUCGUAUGAUAUUGGGAAUUUCACUUACUUCUUCUUCCGAGAAAACGCCGUGGAGCACGACUGUGGGAAGACCGUGUUCUCCAGAGCCGCCCGGGUCUGCAAGAACGACAUCGGCGGGCGCUUCCUGCUGGAGGACACGUGGACUACCUUCAUGAAGGCCAGGCUGAACUGCUCCCGCCCGGGGGAGCUGCCCUUCUACUACCACGAGCUGCAGGGCACCUUCUUCCUGCCCGAGCUCGACCUCAUCUACGGCAUCUUCACUACCAACGUGAACAGCAUUGCCGCCUCAGCAGUAUGUGUCUUCAACCUGAGCGCCAUCUCUCAGGCCUUCAAUGGACCCUUCAAGUACCAGGAAAACUCACGCUCUGCCUGGUUGCCAUACCCCAACCCCAACCCCAACUUCCAGUGCGGCACAGUGGACCAGGGCCUCUACGUGAACCUGACAGAGAGGAACCUGCAGGAUGCACAGAGGUUCAUCCUGAUGCACGAGGUGGUGCAGCCGGUGAGCCCCACCCCCGCCUUCCUGGAGGACAACAGCCGCUUCUCCCACGUGGCCGUGGACGUCGUGCAGAGCCGGGACGCACUGGUCCACAUCAUCUACUUAGCCACAGAUCAUGGGACCAUUAAGAAGGUGCGGGCACCACUGUCGCCGACGUCGGGUAGCUGUCUGCUGGAGGAGGUGGAGCUGUUCCCCGCGCGGCGGCCUGAACCCGUGCGCAGCCUGCAGAUACUGCACAGCCAGAGCGUCCUCUUCGUGGGUCUCCACGAGCACGUCGCCCGGCUCCCACUCAGGCGCUGCCAGUUCCACCGCACACGCAGUGCCUGCAUCGGUGCCCAGGACCCCUACUGUGGCUGGGACUUGGUGAUGAAGAAAUGCACAAGCCUGGAGGAGAGUCUGAGCAUGACGCAGUGGGAGCAGAGCAUCUCCACAUGCCCGACGCGGAAUCUCACUGUGGACGGGCACUUUGGAGCAUGGUCUGCGUGGACGCCCUGUACCCACACUGACGGCAGUGCCCUGGGCUCCUGCCUCUGCCGCACCCGUGCCUGCGACAGCCCGGCCCCCCAGUGCGGCGGCUGGCAGUGCCAGGGCCCCCGCAUGGAGAUCGCCAACUGUUCCAGGAACGGCGGCUGGACCCCCUGGACGUCGUGGUCACCCUGCAGCACCACGUGUGGCAUCGGCUUCCAGGUGCGCCAGCGUGCCUGCAGCAACCCCAGCCCACGGCACGGCGGCCGCGUGUGCGUGGGCCAGAACCGCGAGGAGAGAUACUGCAAUGAGCAUUUCCUGUGCCCCCCACACAUGUUCUGGACAGGCUGGGGUCCCUGGGAGCGGUGCACAGCCCAGUGCGGUGGAGGCAUUCAAGCGCGCCGUAGAACCUGCGAGAACGGGCCUGACUGUGCGGGUUGCAGCGUGGAGUACCAGCCUUGUAACACUAACCCAUGCCCAGAGUUAAAGAAGACCACGCCAUGGACGCCCUGGACACCUGUCAACAUCUCAGACAAUGGUGGCCACUAUGAGCAGCGGUUCCGGUACACCUGCAAAGCCCGCCUGCCCGACCCCAAUCUGCUGGAAGUGGGGAGGCAGAGAAUUGAGAUGCGGUAUUGUUCAAGUGAUGGCACCAGCGGCUGCUCCACAGAUGGCCUUUCUGGCGACUUCCUGCGUGCCGGGCGCUACUCGGCCCACACCGUCAACGGGGCCUGGUCUGCCUGGACCUCCUGGUCACAGUGCAGCCGGGACUGCAGUCGGGGCAUCCGGAACCGGAAGCGCGUGUGCAACAACCCCGAGCCCAAGUUCGGGGGUCUGCCCUGCCUGGGCCCAUCCCUGGAGUACCAGGAGUGCAACAUCUUGCCCUGCCCAGUGGACGGCAUGUGGUCGUGCUGGUCUUCCUGGUCUACCUGCUCGGCCACCUGUGGCGGUGGCCACUACAUGCGAACCCGCUCCUGCACCAACCCAGCCCCAGCCUACGGAGGGGACAUCUGCCUGGGGCUGCACACGGAAGAGGCUCUCUGCAGCACACAGCCCUGUCCAGAGAGCUGGUCGGAGUGGUCCGGCUGGUCAGCCUGCGAUGCUUCUGGAAUCCAGGUCCGUGCCCGCCAAUGCCUCCUCCUGUUCCCGGUGGGGAACCAGUGCUCUGGAAACGCCACAGAGAGCCGGCCUUGUGUGUUUGAUUCCAAUUUUAUCCCAGAAGUUUCCGUGGCCAGAUCCAGUAGCAUUGAAGAAAAGAGGUGUGGAGAGUUCAACAUGUUCCACAUGAUCGCUGUGGGCCUGAGCAGCUCCAUCCUGGGCUGCCUCCUCACGCUGCUCGUCUACACCUACUGCCAGCGCUACCAGCAGCAGUCCCACGACGCCACCGUCAUCCACCCGGUCGCGCCUGCCCCGCUCAACACCAGCAUCACCAACCACAUCAACAAGCUGGACAAGUACGACUCGGUGGAGGCCAUCAAGGCAUUUAACAAAAACAACUUGAUCCUUGAGGAAAGAAACAAAUACUUCAACCCGCAUCUUACUGGGAAGACCUAUUCUAAUGCCUACUUCACAGAUCUGAAUAACUACGAUGAGUACUAAUGACUCUUCCAACGGGAGCUUCCUGGAAUUCCUCAGUACCUUGUGCUCCGUGACUACCCAUGUUUUGGAGAGUUCUGAGAUGAGGUUUGGAUCCAUUUUUAAGUGCAUUUCAAGCCACAUGUGUCCCAUGGCUGCCGAAAAUACACGUCCUUAAAAGCAACAAUAAUCUAAAUAUGGCAUCGUGAAAAAUCUGGUCUGCAAUACUUGAUCAUUGUUGAGUGAACUGUGGUGGGAAGUUGUUUUUUAUUGUAUUCAGUCCAAUUUUUCUAAUAAGUCAUUUGUUUCCUUGAGCCUUGGAAUAAAUGCACCGCUCCCAUCCUCCACCGGAAGCAGUCUUCAGAAACAUGAACAUCAUUUCGCUCUUGAGCGUGAAUCUCAUGAUGUUUGAAUUCAAGAAUAGGCACUUUAUCUGAGAAACUUCUCCCUCCACCAGCAGUGCACGGGUCCAUCG